UUGACGGCGAUCCCUCUCUUCUUGUCGUAGAAGGAAGGCACCGAUCGUGAGAGAUGGCGUCGAGCGGCCUGAAGAAUUUCUAUCGCCAGAAGAAGAAAGGGGGCGUCGCCAAGCGCUCCUCCAACCGGAGCUUUGCCGGAAAGUCUCCCACCGUCUCCCUCUCCCACCUCGUCGAUCCAGUCCCAUCACCCUUGCACGGUUCUGGUGCGGGGCGCGAUAAGGUGCCCCUGGCCGCCGGGAUCGGCGAGGAGGAGGACGAGAAGCUGCGGCAGUUCGAUAUGGACAUGAGGUACGGCCCCUGCAUCGGGCUCAGCCGGACGGAUCGAUGGGAGCGGGCGGCCGCCAUGGGGCUGAAUCCACCCGCCGAAGUGGAGACCAUCCUGUUGAAAUCGUCCGCCGCCGCCUCUGGAUGCCUCUGGGAUGGACGAGUCUAACCUUAACACGUAAGUACCCUCCAAAAAAAAAAAAUCCCUUUUUGUGUGUAUGGAGAAGGCACAGUCUCAGACUCUCUGGCCGUUUUGGUGUCGUCUCCUCUUGUCUUGUCUGUGCUGCUGUUGCUAUGUUUCUUAUCUGUAAGCGUGGUCGAAUCGAA